GAAGGACAGGACCGAAGUAGCCGACCGUGUGCAAACCGCGUGUGGCGCAGAGGACAGACCGACAACAACCAGGCGCCGUCUGAGGGACCGGGUUGUCUGCCUUGUUGACAUUGGAAGCAGCAGUAGAUAAAGAGGAAGCUGCACCUUUUAAAAAUGGUUGUAGGAACUAGUGGAGAUGAGUAGUAAUGAGUGUUUUGGAUGCGGACGUACCGGCCACUGGAUCAAGAACUGUCCGAAUGCCGGGCGGGGACGAGGCAAGGGCCGUGGGAGGGGGAAAGAUCUGUUCUGCUAUCGCUGUGGCGAGCCCGGUCACGUCGCCAGGGACUGUGAGAGGACUGAGGAUGCAUGCUAUAACUGUGGUCGUGGAGGACACAUCUCCAGAGACUGUAAGGAGCCCAAGAAGGAGAGGGAACAGGUCUGUUAUAACUGUGGCAAGGCCGGCCAUGUGGCCCGGGACUGUGACCAUGCCAACGAGCAGAAGUGCUACUCCUGUGGAGGCUUUGGACACAUCCAGAAGGGCUGUGACAAGGUCAAGUGUUACAGGUGUGGUGAGAUCGGCCAUGUUGCCGUCCAGUGCAGCAAGGCCAGCGAAGUCAACUGCUACAACUGCGGAAAGUCUGGUCACCUGGCUAAAGAAUGCACCAUCGAGGCCACGGCCUAGCACUCUGCUGCCUUCCUACGCCCCUCCCUUUUCACAUGGAUGGUUGUAUUAUUUUGUCUGAAUCGUCCCCUCUGGCCCACGGCAGGCUACGGAGGAUAGUCCCACACCAGUUCGCUGGAAAAGCAGGACAGGGGGUGAAACAUCCACUUUCUGCAUUUAAUCAAACAUGUUUGUUUAGUUUGGUAGAGGUUAAUGUAUAAUGCUUGUUAAAGAACCCCCUUUCCAUGCCACUGGUGACCAGGGAUGAAUGAUGAGUGGAUGCCCUCCCUACCAGGUCUGGGAAACCAGCACUUAGUGAGAGUGAGUGGGUAGGAAGUCUGAGCUUCCCAUAAAGAUUGACUUUGUUUUUGUUUUCUUGAACAAAACGGAGUCUACCUGCAAUAGAGUGACUGACGUGCGACAGCAGCCCCGGCCAGCGGUCAUUAUGUUUACGGUUCAGUCCGAUGGCAGCAUGCAGGCAGGCAGGCAGACAGACAGAUAGACGGUAGCAUGCAGACAGGGGGAUAACAUGCCCCAACACUGUAUGAAUACUGUGAGAGAAAUGACAAGAUUAUGUUAUACUACUUUUAUUGCAUCAAAUGGCUGUUUUAUGCAACAUAAUAGAGGGUUCUUAUAACUAUUGUGUCUGUGUGAACUGAAAGUGGGCCUCUGGGAGAUUUAACACUGACAGGGGAUUUCCGAUGUCUUUUGGGUGAUAUAACCUAAAGAGACCGCAUUCCAUAGCAUGACUUAAUGUUUCUGUUCUUUCUGGUACCAGGGAGAGAUGACCCCAGGGCCAGACCCUGGUCUCUACUGUUUUUACAGCAGAUACUUGUUAUUCACAGCAGACAGUAUCGUUCAUACUAAUCUUAACCUUGUGACCCAAUCCAUACAUUUGUUGUUUGUCAUGUAGACUGAAAGGGGCUGUAAAAGACCUUUGUACCUUUGUCUCGGGCUCUCAACGAAUCAUCUAGGGGUGAUUCGUCGACCAGCCAUCGUUAUCGUAGAGCACUCAAUCGAUUCACUUUAUAUUUGUGUGUUGUCUUGACCUGCUUCCUUAUUAAUAAGUGAAUAAAGAUUUAGUUUAAGUAUAA